CGUCACUCUGACAUGUCGAGCUCCAAACAACAUCCAGACUAUGGAGUGGAGCAGAGCUGACCUGGGGAGAGAAUAUGUUUUUUUGUAUCGGGAUGGGAGGGAAACUACAGUGAACCAGCAUCGCUCUUUUAAAGGCCGGGUGGCUCUACAGGACAAACAGAUGAAGAAUGGAAACAUGUCAGUGAUUCUGAAGAAUGUGAUGAUUAGUGACCGUGGAACAUACGAGUGUCGUGUGAAGGCAAACAAAAAAAAACGCAGGAAGAGAGCUAAUCUGAAGACCGACCCCAUCUGUAGCAUCUACCUGAGUGUUGUUGAUCCUCCAGGUCCAACAGGAGAACCAAAGGUGAAUGGACCUGUUGGACUGAUAGUUGGUCUGGUAGUUUCCUGUGUCCUCAUUGUUUCUGCUUUUGUUGGGUUUGUGAUCUACAGGAAGCAUAAAGGAGAAAAGAGUCAGGGUUCACACUAACCUACAUACUGAUGAUCUGCAGCACAUCCAGUAUCUCAGACCUCUGAACAGCUAAACUUUGAGUCUCCUGCUGCUGUCCCAACUUCCAAAUGAUAUCAGUGAACAGGGGGACAGACACCAGGGACCUCACAAAGAAAUUAAUUAUGAAGUGUCACCAUGAAAUGUUAUUCUGUCUUAUCUCUGGGUAUGGAGAUGAUGGAAAGUCUUUGUGGAGAAGGCAGAGAAAAGAAAAUCUAAAAGAAAAGAGAGAAUUAUUGUCUAAUUUUGCUGCAUUCAGUUUACAUAGUAAAAUUAGACUUGCCGUUGUUCAUAAGUUCCAAUUUUAACAAAAACGUAGUGCUUCUGUUUAUUACUAAUCUUAUGGCUGCAGAUUAGUGUCUCACACUUUAACUCAGCACUUUAUCAGGCUUUAACACAGCCUGAUAAAGGAUAUGUGGAAAUUGCUUCAGUUUGUCAGUAGAUCAAGUGUGAAAUGCAAUUAAUUUGACUGAUUCAACGGUCAUUCUUGGAGGUUGUUCAGCAACUUAAAUGUGACCUAAAAGGAGACCAGAAUCAAAUGUAAAAACAUGUAUAUAUACAUGCACAUAUACAUGCACACUCCUGUGAUAAUGUGAUGCUCAGUUUUCACUGCUGUAACCUUUGAGCUGGGCUCGAUUUAUGCUUGCACAUGUUAAAUGUAUCCCCACAUGAAUCUAUGUUGGCCUUCAGCAAAUGUUACCAUGUGUCAUGAGUCGCUGUGUGGCAGGCAGGAGUUGGACCCAAUAUGCAGGCACUCAGGCAUGAGGUUUAAACACAAAGAACUCAGCUUUAUUUGCUGGCAGGAGAAAGUCAUACAAAAGCAAACUAAACUAAACUGGAAACUCAUAAACUAAACUCACAGUGAGACACAGGGAGAUCCACACAGCAUGUGGGAAAUCAGAACUGACGAGACAAGGAAGCGUAAACUGAACACACUGAGAUAAGACAGAGACCUUCAAAGUAAAACAGGAAACACAUAACACAGACUGAACAAAAGACAGAGACUCACAUGCAGGCACUACAACAGAGGGAACAGAGACGUGGAACCAGGGCAGACUCAGACUGGACACAGGGAUUAUAAGAGUAAGAACAACUAUAUUAUAAUUGUAUAAUUGAAUAAGAACAACUUUAUUAAUCCAGAGGGAAAUUCUUUUGUCAUGUACAUGCUCAAAGCAGCAGGAGAGACAGAGGAACAGAUGAAAUAAAUAUAAGAUAUACAAUAUAUACAAUAAGAAUAGUGUACAGUAAUAUACAGUAGGAUAGUGCAAGACAUAGUAUCGGAUAACUCUAACAAAGUAAUAUACAUAACUAUAUCCUGGUGAAUAAACAACUUAACUAUCAGUGCAGGCGGUUCUAGAAAGUGACAAAGUAUUGUGCAAUAGAAUAAAGGGAGUAGCAGCAUAUGAUGGGGGGAUAUACAUAUAUAUAGCUGACAGGGGAGACAGCAACUA